GGUCACCCUGCAUUCAGUGUUUUGUGAACUGUUCAAGAAUCCGAUUCGAAUAUAAUUGCUAGGAAUAACAAUGAUGCAGAUGAGCGAGUACAAGGUGCUUCCGCAGAAUGCACCGCAGGACGAGAAUGGCGCAGUGGUCCUUCAGCCGCAGGCGGCGAAUGCCGGAAUCAAUGCCAACGGACCUGAGAACUGGAUGUCGAUACCCGUGGGCAUGCCCAACUGCCCGCAGGGACUGGAAUACCUGACCGCCCUGGACCAGCUGCUCGUGUCGCAGAAGAUCGAGAAACUGGAGCUGCUCACCGGCUUCGAGACGGAGAACCGCUUCAAGGUGAAGAACUCACUGGGCCAGAAUGUGUACUUCGCCUUCGAGCAGAGCGACUGCUGUACCCGCAACAUGCUCGGCCGUUCGCGUCCCUUCGAGAUGAAGAUCCUGGACAAUUUCCAGAACGAGGUACUCCACCUGUACCGGCCCUUUAAGUGCGACCUCCUCUGCUGCUUUCCCAGCUGCAUGAACGCCGUGGAGGUGUCGGCGCCACCCGGCCAGGUGAUCGGAAGCGUGGAGCAGGUCUGCACCUUCAUGCGGCCCAAGUUCAACAUCAAGAACACAUUCGGCGACACCGUCCUGCAGAUCGAGGGACCCCUCUGUCCCUGCAAGUGCUUCAGUGAUACCAACUUCAAGGUAUUGAGCGCGAACAACGAGGAGAUCGGAAAAAUCAGCAAACAAUGGUCCGGACUGGGAAGGGAGCUGUUCACCGAUGCGGAUUAUUUCAGCAUCACCUUCCCGCUGAAUCUGGAUGUUCGCAUGAAAGCGCUUAUAUUCGCAGCUCUAUUUUUGAUUGACGUGGUUUACUACGAGCAGUAAGCCGUCGAUGGAUCGAAUUAUAAAGGAACAAACGCCCAGACAUUAUUAUCGCCGACUGCUUUUUGGUUCGACGUGUUGCAUCGUCAUAGCUAUAAGAAUUUUGUAUCCCCUUAUUUGAUUAACGUUUCCGGGAAUCUGAACAGUGCAACGCUUUGAUCGAUAUGGAAUCUCCAAAGCAAAAGGAAUCUCACGCAUUAUUUCGAUGUGAACCGCAGUUGCACCUUCGUUUUUUAAUGGACCUCGGUUUUUGGCAUUUAAAGCACACCACAAUGUAGCACAUACUGACAACGCACAAAACAGAAACCAGAAAACAGACUACACACUAAGAAUCAGACGAGAACGAGUGCCUUAUGACGUCCUAGUUGUUAUUGUCGUCGCCCCGCCCCGUUUCCCAGAUUUAUAUACCUCGACAUACCUAGCUUUGUUGUACCCAGAGGUCGGAGCACAGGAUUACUUAACUGCAACCAUGGCGUACCUAACUAAUUUACUAUUACCUAUUACCAAUUACAUAUAACAUAUAUUUUUGUAUGAAACUAAUUGCAAUCGAAUUGUUACCCAUUAUUGUGGCCUCGUGAGCCAGCCUUCAAGGCAUUUUGAAAUCGAUUCAAUAUUGUCCUUUUUGGUGCCGCUGCUGUGGCGCCGCGCAAUUGGCAUCACUUUCACAUGUACUUCAUCAAUUUAUUUAUCUCUCAGUUAUGCUGUAAAAUAAACGAACUAUAUUUUGUACAAAA